CUGUGAGAGAGGAGGCUGGGAGGCUGCAGUUGACAGUUUUGCCUGAGCUAGCCCGAGUGAAGAUAUUUUUCACCAAAUACCUGCCAGCCCAACAUAUUCCACCAUGGAUGACAUGACGCCAGAAGAGAUUCAGCUCAAAGCUAAUCAGGUCACAGAUGACUCUCUGGAAAGCACUCGAAGGAUGCUGAAUCUGGCACUAGAGAGUCAGGAUACUGGAAUCAAAACUAUCACUAUGCUGGAUGAACAAGGCGAACAACUAAAUCGCAUUGAGGAAGGAAUGGAUCAGAUCAACAAGGACAUGCGUGAGGCGGAAAAGAACCUAACAGAACUGAAUAAAUGCUGUGGCUUGUGUGUUUGUCCUGGCAAAAGGCCAAAGGAUUUCGAGAGUGGGGAAAACUACAAAAAGACUUGGGGCAGUAAAGACAAUGACUCAGAAAAUGUGAUAUCAAAGCAACCUCAUCAAACAAAUGGACAACAGGGUGGAGUGGCACAGAGUGGUCCGUAUAUUAAGAGGAUAACAGGUGAUGACCGUGAAGAUGAGAUGGAUGAAAAUCUAACGCAAGUGGGCAGUAUCCUGGGAAAUCUGAAGAACAUGGCAAUUGACAUGGGCAAUGAACUUGAGAGCCAUAACCAACAAAUUGACCGAAUAAAUGAGAAGGCGGAAACUAACAAAACUCGCAUUGACGAGGCAAAUACCAGAGCCAAGAAACUUAUUGAAUAAAUGUGGAAAGUGGUGAGGCCUCCUGAAUUUGAUAAUGGCAAUGAAGACUUCUGUUCCUUUUAGAAUUUGUAGGAAGUAGCAUGAGCCUAUGAGCCAACAACUACUGGGAUUCUGGUAUCAGAGCACCCAACUUGUCUUUCAUAUGUAGCCUACCUGAAGCAUAGAUCACUGUAUAUAAUGCUGUAUUUGCGCUUGUGCCUUACUAUAGAUUGUAGCAGGCUGGAUUUAACCUAGAAUAACCUGGAUUUUUUUUUACACUUUUCUACGCUAAAAAGACUGACAGAUUGCAUACAUCAACAGUUCAGUCUUUAGUGGUUUAAUGUUCCAUAAUAAUACUUAGUAUAUCCUUAAGACUUUCAUUAAUAGCAUGUUGCACAACAUUUUUUACAGAGUUUCAAAACAACAGGAGGUGCUGAAAAGUGGCAUUUUUUAUUCAAAUGCCUAGUGUUUCUCUGUAAUCUGUAAAAAAUCCCCUUUACCCAUGGGAGAUGUCUGUCAUUGUACAUUAAUUCUUACUGGAAUCUGCCACCAUCUUGUUUUCUGACACCGAUAUGUGUGUAUAUAAUAUGUGUAAUACUCCCCCAACUGAUUAGUAGACCCUCAAAAGAACAGUGGAAGUUGCUUUUAGAGAGAGUAUGAAGGAUUUUUGAAUCACUGCUGUAAUUGUGUCGUAUCUGGCACAUGCUCUUGUAAGGGCAUAGAAAA